UCCAGCUCGGAAACCAAAAACAACCAUGUGAACACAGUCCAGUGGGUGGAGGGGGAGGAGAGAUCAAUCGAAGUUGGAUUCGGACCAGGCAAGCCAACCAAGUGCAAAAGCACCCUAAGAUUAAUGGCAAUCCUUGGGAUCUUUCUAGUAAACAAAUCUCCCAAGUCACAGAAAAAAAACACCCACCAAAACACUUGAUCCUGUGAGGACAGAAGAAUCUAGAAAACACAGUCUAAUUCACCAUCAGGGACCGAGUCCAGAAAGCAUCGGAAAAAAAGAUCCUCCCUCUUACCAACUAUUGUAAUUCCUCCUGGCCUCACCAUGUUUAUAAAGGCGACUCCACAAUCUGACCCGCAUCUUCUCGCGAAAAUCACUUGUAAGAAGAAUCUACUUACAGCUCUUCUGAUAUUAUGGAGGGCCAACUACGUCACGACAAAAGAUUCAGCUACAUUCUCAGAAGCAGCCUGCCCUCCUCUAACCUGACAACCAGUUCAAUUAAUGCCACACAAGUUUUCAGUGUGUUCGAUGGGUGUGAGGAUAUGGUGGCUGGCGUUGUUUUCGACCUGGCUAUACAGUGCUUCAACAUAAUCAUAGGAAUACCUGCCAACCUCCUGGUUCUCGCAAACCUAAUAAAGACCCGAAAUGAACCUUUAACUUCUGACAUCUUCCUGGGCUGCCUGGCUUUCAUGGACGCUUACUUUGGAUUCAUGACAAUCAUAGCGUUCCUCAAUUUCUACCACUGGAGGAGCGCUAUGGGUUGGAGAGCUAUGAAGUUCUCAUACGGUGUGAAGGACACCAGUGGGCCGCUUUUACUCUCCUGCGUCUGUCUGGAUCGUUUCAUAGCCGUUAUCUUCCCCAUCGCAUUCGGACAGUUGAAGGACAUCAAGUACAGGAUCGGUUUGACCGUUGUGGUUCUGCUGCUCACUUUUGCUUACGCUUCGGCCAAAACUGUUGGUGGCAUCCACAAUUUUGAGAAGGUUUUCACUGGUGAGGUGUUGUUUGCCUUCACCUGGAUGGUGGUGUGUAACGUGGCCAUCCUCUGGGCCCUGAAACGCUCACGAGGUUCUGGUAAAGAUGAGAUGAAUCCUAUGAAAAGAAAGGCCUUUAAGAUGGUGCUUUCUAUCUUGAUCAUAAUCAUAAGCAACUAUCUCCCUCCAGUGGCUCUGUUCCCCUUUGAAGAUCAUUACCCCCAUAAGGUCUUCACUUGCUACGUGCAACCAGUAUGUUUUGCCUUCGUAAACAUCAGCAGCACUAUCCAGCCUUUAACUUACUUGUCACGCUUAGAGAAAGUACCGUUCCUGCCUGAAUCUUGUGUGGAGAAGUUAAGCUGCAAGGAAAAAAAUAACCCCUCAAAGUAAUGAUGAACAUCAGCAUAAUGAGUAGCAACUCUGUUUCCAUAGUUCUGCAGUUGAAUUGUUUAAAUAAACAAACAACUAAAUCUAUAAAACAAACUUGUUGGACAUUUACAAAUAAUUAUUUAUGGAUCUUU